UGUGUAUAUAAAAAAGUUAAAAAAGAAAAAAAUAAAAGGAAAAGGCAAAAGGACUAAAGGGGGGGAGGAAAGUGGAGAGGAGAUUUCGUGGCAUGAAUCUCACUCGCUCUUUGGGUUUGACCAACUCAACUCUCUCCUCCUUCCUCUCUUCUUCAUUUUGUCAGAUUUGUUUAUUAAACUGAAUCUUCUUCCCAACUCCCAAAUCCAUCAUCGACUAUUGUUUGUUUCCCUUUGAAUCAGAUUUCUAGUUCUGCUUAGUCAUCAAUCAUAUCAAUGGGUGUGUGUUUCUCGGCCAUUAGAGUCACAGGUACGAGCAGCAGAAGCAGCAGAAGAAGUAGUGGUCAGACGAAGACCAAAAACAAGGGAGGAUGUAAUAAUAAGAAGAACCCAAAGUCUACGGAGAACAAGGAGGAUAAGAAGCCCUCCUCUACCACCACCAAUACGAAGCGGAAACCAGGCGCAAUCUCAUGCGGGAAGCGUACCGAAUUUGGAUACGACAAAGACUUCCACGAGCAGUAUAGCAUAGGGAAGUUGCUGGGUCAUGGUCAAUUCGGCUAUACUUACGUUGCCAUCCACAAGUCCACUGGCGAUCGUGUCGCCGUCAAGAGGCUCGAUAAGAGUAAGAUGGUUCUUCCAGUUGCGGUUGAGGACGUGAAGCGAGAGGUUCAGAUUCUUAAAGCUCUUUCAGGGCACGAGAACGUUGUCCAGUUUUACAAUGCCUUUGAUGAUGAUGACUAUGUCUACAUUGUUAUGGAGCUGUGCGAGGGAGGCGAAUUGCUGGACCGGAUUUUAUCCAAGAAAGAUAGUCGUUACUCCGAGAAGGAUGCAGCCGUUGUCGUCAGGCAGAUGCUCAAAGUCGCUGGUGAAUGUCAUCUCCACGGUCUUGUUCAUAGAGAUAUGAAACCUGAGAAUUUUUUGUUCAAAUCAGCUAAACUGGAUUCGCCUCUUAAGGCUACAGAUUUUGGUCUAUCCGAUUUUAUCAAACCAGGGAAAAAGUUCCAUGACAUUGUUGGUAGCGCCUAUUAUGUUGCUCCUGAAGUACUUAAGCGCAGAUCAGGCCCUGAAUCUGAUGUCUGGAGCAUUGGUGUUAUUACCUAUAUUUUACUCUGUGGAAGGCGCCCUUUCUGGGAUAGGACUGAGGACGGUAUUUUUAAGGAGGUCUUAAGGAAUAAACCUGACUUCCGUCGCAAACCAUGGUCAACUAUAAGUGACAGCGCCAAAGAUUUUGUUAAAAAGUUACUUGUUAAAGACCCACGAGCACGCCUAACUGCUGCACAAGCCUUGUCACAUGCGUGGGUUAGAGAAGGAGGCAAUGCCACUGACAUCCCUGUCGACAUUUCAGUUCUGAACAACUUACGUCAGUUUGUGAGAUACAGCCGUCUUAAGCAGUUUGCUUUGCGGGCUCUUGCUAGCACGCUCGACGAGGCAGAGAUCUCUGACCUCAGAGAUCAGUUUGAUGCUAUUGAUGUGGAUAAAAACGGUGUCAUUAGUCUUGAGGAGAUGAGACAGGCACUUGCCAAAGAUCUUCCCUGGAAACUGAAGGAUUCACGAGUUGCCGAGAUACUUGAAGCGAUUGAUAGCAACACUGAUGGGUUAGUGGACUUCACAGAGUUUGUAGCAGCAGCUCUACAUGUUCAUCAACUGGAAGAACAUGACUCAGAGAAAUGGCAGGUAAGAUCAAGAGCAGCUUUUGAGAAAUUCGACAUAGACAAAGACGGGUACAUAACCCCUGAGGAGCUUCGAAUGCACACGGGAAUAAAAGGGUCAAUAGACCCACUACUGGAUGAAGCAGACAUAGACAGAGACGGGAAAAUAAGCCUGCAUGAGUUCAGGAGACUUCUAAGAACAGCGAGCAUAAGUUCGCCGAGAGUUCCUCCAAGCACUGCAGGGCACAGGAAUCCUCGGUAGUCUUAAAUGGUAUAUAUACUAGAAGAGGACAAUAAAUGGAGACAGGGCAAUGUGAUAUAUACAUAUGUAUUGUUGAUUGUAAGAUAAGUGGGGUUUUGGGGUUGUAAUUAGUUUGGUUGUGUGAAGUAGCCAAACCAAAGAAACAGUGUUGAGUGGUUUUGGAUGAUAAGUAAGAACUGUUUUUGGUCACGAGGUGGAAGAGGUCAUGGGAUCGGUAAAUGCCAUUAUUCCCUGACUCGACCACAGGUGGGUGCAGAAGAAAGAUAGAUCCCAGCUGUAAUUUGAAUCUCCCAUAUGUUUUGUUCCCAUUUUUGUUUUCCAGUUCAACUGCUAUUAUUAUAUUUGUGAGAGGACCAACACAAGACGGCCUAUUUCUAUUUGUGAUAUGGGUGGCUCUACUCUGUCUCUUUCCAAGGCAUCAUGUAUUUUGAUUCGACUUUUUAAUCAUUAGUGUCUUGGGUCCAGGAGGCCUAUUGUUAAUUAAUUAAGCCCACUACUUGUUAAUUAAUUAAGCCCAC